AUGGCGCCCUCAGUCCGGUCUCUCAUAUUCGGCCUGGUUUUGCCCUUGGUGUCAGCCCAGGGUUGUCCCUUCGCCAAUGCCAACAAAAGAGACUCCUUGGCCCCCAGAGAAGAGGUGGGCUCGUCCCUCGACGUCCUCGUCAGCUCUUUCGGCAAGUGCCCAACACUCAGUGAUGCUGCCGGCGGCGGCACCCGAAGCCAUGACUGGUGGCCAUGUCAGUUGAAGCUGGACGUGCUGCGCCAGUUCUCACCACAGCAGAACCCACUGGGAGCAGACUUUGAUUAUGCUGCCGCUUUUGCCACUCUCGACUGCAAGGCACUCAAGGCAGACCUCAAGGCCUUGAUGACGCAGUCGCAGCCUUGGUGGCCGGCAGACUUCGGGCACUACGGCGGUCUCUUCAUUCGAUCGGCAUGGCAUAGCGCAGGCACCUACCGCGCUAUGGAUGGACGCGGUGGCGGCGGCAUGGGCCAGAUCAGGUUUGCACCGCUCAACAGCUGGCCCGACAACGGCAACCUCGACAAGGCCAGGCGCUUGCUGUGGCCCAUCAAGAUGAAGUACGGCAGGGCCAUCUCCUGGGCAGAUCUUAUCAUCCUGGCCGGCAAUGUAGCGCUCGAGGACAUGGGCUUUCCCGUUCUGGGCUUUGGCGCGGGCCGCCCGGACACGUGGCAGGCCGACGAGAGCAUCUACUGGGGUUCCGAGACCACGUUCGUGCCCGCGGGCAACGAUAUUCGAUACAACGGCAGCACCGACUAUGUCGCACGUGCCGCUGAGCUGGAGAAGCCUCUCGCGUCAGCCCAUAUGGGCCUCAUCUACGUCAAUCCCGCCGGCCCGAACGGUAACGGCGACCCCAAGCAGUCGGCAUUGGAUAUCCGCACGACCUUUGGCCGCAUGGGCAUGAACGACUCUGAGACCGUUGCCCUGAUUGCUGGAGGUCACGCCUUCGGCAAGACCCAUGGCGCGGCUGCCGCUGCCGUCGGCCCUCCGCCGGAAGGUGCAUCGCUUGAGCAGCAAGGUCUCGGCUGGGCGAACCCCUUUGGGAGUGGUAACGCUGGCGAUACGAUCACUAGCGGGCUGGAGGUUAUCUGGUCGAGGACGCCUACAAAGUGGACAAAUGACUUCCUGAAGAGUUUGUUCAAGCACAAUUGGACAGCGGUGAAGAGCCCAGCCGGUGAGGUUCAGUUCGAGGCCCUUGACAGCGCGCUUGAAUACCCCGACCCCUUCAACAAGACCUUCCGCCGGGCGACCAUGCUGGUCAGCGACGUUGCUCUGCGCGAGGAUCCAAUCUACGGCCCGAUCGCCAAGGCCUGGUCGGAGGACUUCCAGGCCCUCACCGAUGCCUUUGCCGCUGCGUGGUUUAAACUCACCCACCGCGACAUGGGGCCCAUCACCCGCUACCUUGGCCCCGAAGUCCCUAAACAGCGCUUCAUCUGGCAGGAUCCUCUGCCCGAGGCGAACUACCCGACCAUCACCGAGGCUGACCAGGCAAAGCUGAAGGAACGUAUCCUUGCCAACAAGGACGUAUCCAUCUCGAGCCUUGUGUCCGUAGCCUGGGGUUCCGCCUCGACCUUCCGAGGUGGCGACAAACGCGGUGGUGCCAACGGUGCCCGCAUCGCUCUGGAGCCCCAGGUCUCGUGGGAAGUGAACAACCCGAAGCAGCUCAAGACCGUUCUGGCCGCUUUGAACAAGGUCAAGAACGACUUCAACAAAUCCCAGAAGGGCGGCAAGCAGGUGUCUCUGGCCGACCUGAUCGUCCUCGGCGGCAACGCAGCCAUCGAGAAGGCGGCGGCAGCGGCGGGCCACAAAAUUGCGGUGCCCUUCACAGCCGGACGCGUGGAUGCGACGCAGGCCGACACGGACGUGGCCAGCUUCGAGCUGCUCAACCCGCAGGCCGACGGCUUCCGCAACUACCGCAACGUGUCGGGAUACGCCCGUGCGCGCACCGAGGCGCUGCUGGUGGACAAGGCGCAGCAGCUGACGCUGACGGCGCCCGAGAUGACGGCGCUCGUCGGCGGCAUGCGCGCCCUCAACUGCAACCACGACGGCUCCGCCCGCGGCAUCCUGACGGCCCGGCCCGGGACCCUCACCAACGACUUCUUCACCAACCUGCUCGACAUCAACACCGUCUGGACGCCCGAGUCAAGUGGCGAGCUGUUCACAGGCAAGGACCGCUCGACGGGGGGGAAGAAGUGGACGGCCACGCGCGCCGAUCUCGUCUUUGGCUCGCAUGCUGAGCUGAGGGCAAUUGCCGAGGCGUAUGCCGAGGCCGGGGGACAGCAGAAGAUGGUGUCCGACUUUGCUGCGGCCUGGGCGAAGGUUAUGGACUUGGAUCGCUUUGAUGUCAAGAAAUAA